GUUUGGUGUUUUGAUAUUUUUACACACGCGUGUGUUCUCUCACUUAGCAAACCUGCCAGCUCCACUGACUGUUGUCUCCGAACUGCCUGUUCUGUUUGUAAAGCUGCAGGCGGUAGAUGUUUGCUCUCGUUCAGGAGGAUGUUCCCUGGAACUUAUGUCUUUACCCAUAAAGAUGGGCAAGCUCAGCAUUUAUUCCAACACAUUUUACCUCACACACUGUCUCAUCAACGAAGGACUGAAGCCCAUCUGAAUGUAACAAACUCCAUUGGUCCACCGAUGAUUGUUCCUCAUUUGCUUCCAACUUAUCAGUGGAAACCAGUGGAACAGCCAGAUGUUUCUUUCAUUCCAAAUGGAGUAAAAGAAAGCAACAGGAAGAGAAGGAGAAACAAUCACAGUCAGAAUGACCUGAAGAGACAACGUUUCGGUUCUCCGGGUCCUCACAACCAGCCUUAUAGAAAUGCAAACUUUACCUCCCAACCGGCGACUGCACCAGUGACUAGCAGAGAAACGUGUAGUUCUUAUUCCAGCGUCCCUACAUGCUCAUCUGCCACGUCUAAACCUGGGGGGUGUGUGCCAUCUUUGAGAGAGGGAUCCCAUCAGAGCGCCAUUCACCCAUCAUCAGUCAAUGAUAAGUUAAGUCAACAGAUUCUCGACCUGUUUCAUGCUUGUGAGCAACAGAAUGAUGAUCUGGAGAAGAAGGAGCAUUGCCGAGCAGCACUGCAGAGGGACAUCCAGACAAUCUUCCCAUGUGCACGAGUCUUCUUGGGCGGGUCAUCUCUAAAUGGCUUUGGUAGUCGCAGCAGUGAUGCUGAUCUUUGUCUUGUCAUCGAAGAGGGAAUGGUACACCGCAGAACAGAUGCUGUAUAUGUUCUUAGUCGUGUGCGGAAAUUGUUUUACACACUGUCUUACAUCGAGAGGCCUCAGCUCAUCAGAGCCAAAGUGCCCAUUCUGAAAUUCAGGGACAGAGUCAGUGGUGUGGAGUUUGACUUGAACUUUAACAACACUGUUGGCAUCAGAAACACGUUCUUGUUGCGGACGUAUGCCUAUGUUGAAAAACGUGUUCGUCCUAUCAUCCUUGUAAUAAAGAAGUGGGCCAGUCACCACCGCAUCAAUGAUGCCAGCCGAGGAACACUGAGCAGUUACACGCUGGUUCUUAUGGUCCUGCAUUACCUUCAGACUCUUCCCGAACCUGUCAUUCCAUGCCUUCAAAUGGAUUAUCCAGAGUGCUUCAACCCUAAGAUGGACAUUCAUCUUGUGCCAAGUGGACCAAGCAAUAUUCCAGCUUUUGUGUCUAAAAACCAGUCUUCCCUGGGAGACUUGCUCUUGGGCUUCCUGAAGUACUAUGCCACUGUUUUCAGAUGGGACAAGCAUGUGAUCUCUGUGCGUGAGGCAAAAACUCUCCCCAAGACCAGUUGCAAAGAUUGGAGAGAUAAGUUCAUUUGUGUCGAAGAACCAUUUGAUCGUACAAACACAGCCAGAGCCGUUCACGAGAAGGCUAAGUUUGAAGCCAUUAAAGCAGAAUUUACAGAGUCCUACCAGGUUCUGCAGCUGAGAAAGGAUCUCAACUUCAUCCUGCCUCUCAAAAAUACAAGACCAAAAAGAUAGCAUGACCCCAGCUAAGAAUAAACAUACAGAAUGGAUUAAACUUAGAGUCUUCAAUUAUACAUUGUGAGAAGAAAAGCUUCACUCCUUUAUAGAGGGCUUUUGGGUGUACUGGACCUUUUGGAAUGUGUUGAGACAAGUCCAUUGAGCUGACUAGGAUAUUAUCUGGUCGCUAGUCAGGAACAUCAGUGUCUAUGUUUGAGUUCCACAUGUAACAUCAGACACUGAGCAAUAUCUUUUGCCCAUAUGGACAAACACAGUCUGCAUUCAGGAAAUAAUUUUUGCUGUUGCAAACAUUUUCUCAUAGCAUUUUUGGGUUUAUUAGCUAAUAUAACCCUUUUCCGGCUCACUGAAAUCAAAGCAAAAUGGCACACGCAAAAAAAAAUCCAAUCAUAUUUUAUGCUGACAGCUUUCCUGUGAUCUGUUUUCCUCAAAAACCCAAAAUUAUAAAAAAAAAAACAAAAACAAAAAAAAAACUUUUUUCUGGCAACUACUUUCAGUGAUGACAUUUCUAUUGGUUUCUUACAUUCUGUCAUGUUUUGUAUAGUUUGUACAGUCUUUUAAAUGUUUAUUUAAUUGAUUAAAAUAUCACUAUGGAAUUGUAA